UGUCAUUCAUUCAUCAAUGAAUAGAAGAAAUCCCAACAAAUCAAGAACCAACCAAAAUCGAAUUCUAUCACUCCUUUUAUUUUUUGUUUGCUGUUCCUGAGGCUUCGCUCUCUACUUCGGUUCUGUCUGUUCUAUAGCUCACCUUGACCCCUAUAAGAAGUCCUUUGCGCCAUCAUUGCUACUCUCCCUCAUUCAACCCCCUUCACUAAAUCAGUAGUACAUCUUGACACAGAUAGAGAGACAUAAAAGGAAACAGGGAAAGAAGAUUGGAGAGAGGAAGAAAAGAAAUGUAUACUGAGAGUGGGCUACUGUUCCCUUAUUACUUCCAGAGCUUUUCUCAAGAAGCUCCACACCUUCAAGAGCUCUAUGUCUCUCACAGACCCAAUGCUUCAAUGGUUACUAAUUUCUCUUUCAAUAUUGGGGAUUUCCUUUUACAAUAUCUUCUUAUUCUUAGGACAUCUUCAAUAUCAGAGUAUGACCUUGGAGAAGAAGGGGAUCUCUUCAAGGCGCCAGAACCAAUUAUUGAAGAAGAGCUGUUGGAUCUUGAUCCCAUGACAGCUGCUAUUUCAUUGAUUUCGUGUGCAGAUGAUGUCAUCUCCCCACAAGGCCUCGAGGUCUCAGAUAUUAUUGAAUCAUCAUUCGAGAACGGGCAGAUCCUCAGUGAGGUUUUCUAUGAGUGCAAGAAAGAUCUACUGGCCAAAGAUGGAAUAGAAAUUCUACCACUCUCUCAUGUUCUUGAUCCCACCACCACUGAGGCUGGUGAAAAGAUGACAUCAGAAGAGAACCUGGAUUCUCAUGGAUCUUUACUUCAGAAGAGUGCUAGUUCCGAGUCUCUAAACACCUUGGUGGAUUGGGUACAAGAGACUACUCCACUUACUGGAAAAAUCUUCGAUUUUCCACGAAUGGAGUUUAGUGCUGUUUAUGGGAUGAGAAGAUCACUCAGUGAAGGAGACAUAAAGACUCUUGGUAACGGUAACGUAAACCUCAUCCACUCUCCGCUGGGACUAUGCAGUUCCAUUUCUGAAGCACGAAAGGAGAAGCUAUCGAGAUACAGGAUCAAGAAGGCCAAGAGGAAUUUCGGCAGGAAAAUCAAGUAUGCAUGCAGGAAGGCAUUGGCAGACAAUCAACCAAGGAUCCGCGGAAGAUUUGCGAAAACCGAAGAAGCAGAUGCAUCCAAGGAGCACUGACUGACUGUUCAACACUCUACGGAAGAGAAAGACGGUACGCUGCGCUGAAGGAUCGAAUGGUUGUACUGAUUAGUUAUUCGCCAAGAAAAAAGGAAAUAUCUUGCGGAAGUAGUUGCUGGUUUGUUUGUUGUUUGAUCUGUUCUUAGCUGCAAUAAAGUCCCGGGUUGAUUAGUGAUUUGGGUACAGAUGCGAUGUAUAUAUUGUCCACCGCUGAAUAAGAAUUAUUUGUAUGCUCCUUAAGAAAUUUGCAAGUGUUCCAACAUUUUUCCCACAUGCACAAGCCAGAGCUUGGCGUGUGACGGACUCUUGAUAACGUUGAAUAAGUUGUACAAAAUCUUCUAUUCCCCUUUCUACAUCCC